GUUCUUUGGUAAGUGCGGCAGAAUUUAGUGAAAUAACUAAUCGUGAAAAACUGUAAUAAUUUGAAACCAUCAUACAAUAAAAAGUGAUUCCGAUUGCGUAUUCGGAUAUAUAGUGUGUGAUAGUGUUAAUAUUUAUUUGUGCACUUGUAAGUUGUCAUAGAAGAUCUUCUAUCAUUCCUGUUGGAAUCGCUCGCCGAUUCGGCCAUUUUCGUUCGACAUUCAAUUAUAUUGCCUAGAGUUGUCGCUCGCCGCACCUAAAUAAAUCACAAAAUGCUGUCUGCCGCCAGAUUGAUCGCCCCUGCAGCCAGGUCUGCCAUCUUCCACAACACAGCCCUCGUGCGACCACUGGCUGUAGUCCCCACACAGUCACACAUCCCCGCUGCUCCAGCUCAGCUGUCAGCGGUGAGGUCCUUCCAGACCACCGCUGUCACCAAGGACAUUGACUCUGCUGCCAAAUUCAUUGGUGCUGGCGCAGCGACAGUCGGAGUUGCGGGCUCUGGUGCGGGUAUUGGAACGGUGUUCGGCUCCCUCAUCAUCGGUUACGCCAGGAACCCCUCCCUCAAGCAGCAGUUGUUCUCAUACGCCAUCUUGGGUUUCGCCCUGUCUGAGGCUAUGGGUCUCUUCUGUCUUAUGAUGGCGUUCUUGCUGUUGUUCGCUUUCUAAGCUAUUUACUUUUAAGAACACUACUACUGCCAUCCCACAUGACGAGGUUUCAGUGAUUUACUAUCUGGAGUGGACGGCCAUGGAAUCGAAUGUGUGGAAACCUCACCCUCAUAGUGAUGCAUGGACUGAUGUGUAUAAGUGAUACACUUACCGGUGCGCGUCAUCAGGAAUGCAAUUAUUUAAUUAUGUAGAAUACCAAGAAAUCAAAUAAAAUAUUGUACGUAAAUCGUAACUCUGAUGCUACAGUUAUUUCUAUUCCUGAUAUUGUAAACUUUUUUUUUUAUUAUUGUUCUGAAUCAUGUUAAACUUUUAGCCUCAAAUCAAAGUUCGGCGACAAUAUUAUAGUUUUGCCAGUGAUUACGUAUAUUUGCGUGAAUAUUGUCAUCGAUUUUUGUAUUGAGUUUAUCCUGUUCAAGAAUGUCGGCAUCUGUAUGUACAUUGUAGGGCGAUUAAAUGAUACAAAACCAA